AUAUAGGAACUAUGAAACUAUAGAAAAUAAGGAAGAUUUCCGGGUGUAGCUUGGUUGGACUUGGACCUUUUGCCGUUUCUUUGAGAUUUAUCUUUGGUACUCUUCUAUUUGACUUGAUGUUGGAUUAAUUUUCAUAUGGUGCUUGAUGUUAAUUUUUGGGUGUAUUUUGGUGAGGGUGUUGCGUCUGUAACAGCUGUUGAAUGUUGAAUGUUCCAUAUAGUGUUGGGUGUUGAGUUAUUUUCAAUAUGAUAUUGGGUGUUAAUUGUUGAAGUAUUUUCCAUAUGGUGUUGGAUGUUAAUUUUCGCAAACAUUUUGGUUUUGGAUAUUAUGCAAUAUUCAUGUGUAGAGUGUAUGAUUUAUGAAUGAUUGAUGGUUAGGUAUUAUUAUAUAUCUUUGAUCGAUGUGAUUCACUUGUUACUUUAUGAAUCAUAAUUUUACAGACGGAUUCUAGCCUUACUUGUAUCCUAGUUUUUUAGGUUUUGGUGUAUCUCGCCGUAGCCGUAUCUGUAUCCCUACUUCAUAGAUUAAUAAAAUGUGAUUAUUAUCAGAUUCUGUUGUUAAUUACUUUUGUUGUUUUGGUUGCUUGUCACUGCCCUGAACCACCACACCAGCGUAUAUUAUUCGCAAUAUGAUGCAACUUCGUUGAUUUUAGGUGGUUGUCAAUUUUUCUCCUUCCUCUAUCAAACUAUAGCUUAAUGUCUUCUGAUAGAAUGCCUAUUUUUGGGAAGUUUCAUUUUAUUUAGCUUAUGAUAUUUGAAGCUACUUUGUAUAUUCUCCUGUUUCUCACAAUCAUCUGUUUUCAAAUUUUCAAGUUAAUGGACAGCAGCUCUGGUGAAGAGUCAGAUUUGAGUGAGUCAGAGAUCUUUGAGUACAAAGAGAAACCUUAUGAGGAACUGAGGGAUGGAAAAUACAAAGUAAAGGGUCCAAAUGGGGCCCUUAGGUGUCCCUUCUGUGCUGGAAAGAAGAAACAGGAUUACAAGUACAAGGAUCUACUUCAACAUGCUUCAGGAGUGGCUAAAGGUUCCGCCAACAGAAGUGCAAAACAGAAGGCAAACCAUCUAGCACUGGCAAAUUACUUGGAGACUGAUCUUGCGAAUGAGGCGGAGCCACAACCACAGCGUGCUGUUGCACCAUCACAGACAGAUCAAUUUUCUGAGCAGAAUGAUCUGUAUGUGUGGCCUUGGACUGGAAUCGUUGUCAAUAUAGUUAAUGAUCCCAAGAAUCACCAAGAUGUGGGUAGUGAAGGAUACUGGUCGAAAAAGUUCUCUAAAUAUAAGCCUUCAGAAAUUAAGAUUUUCUGGGAUGAUCAAGAGCUAGUUGCACAAGCUGUCAUUGUGUUUGAUAAUGAUUGGACUGGUUUCAAGAAUGCUAUGGAAUUUGAAAAAGUUUUUGAAGCUGAGCACCACAGUAAGAAGGAGUGGAAUGCUCCAAAAAGUCAUCCUGGUUCAAACAUUUAUGGCUGGUUUGCUCGUGAGGAUGAUUUUAACUCAAAAGGGCUGGUGGGAGACUAUCUUCGUAGUAAAGGAGAAUUAAAAACAAUCUCCAACCUUGUUGAGGAAGCGACACAGGACAGAAACAGUAUUGUGGCAAACCUAGCCAAUGAGAUUGACAUGAAAAAUGAAAAUUUGGAUGAGUUGCAAAUUAAGUACAAUGAGAAGACCAUGUCGCUUAGUAGGAUGCUUGAGGAGAAAGACAUCCUACACCGUGCUUUCUGCGAAGAAACAAGGAAGAUGCAACGCAUUGCACGAGAGCACGUUAAAAGGGUGUUAGAUGAACAAGAGAUGCUGAAUGUGGAGUUGGAGAGCAAAAGGAGGAAACUUGAUAGCUGGAGCAAAGAACUGAAUAAGCGUGAAGCCUUGACAGAACGUGAGAGACAGAAACUGGAUGAGGAGAAAAAAAAGAAUGAUGUCAGAAACAAUUCACUUCAAAUGGCUUCCAUGGAACAGAAAAAGGCCGAUGAGAAUGUCUUACGUCUUGUUGAAGAGCAGAAGAGGGAGAAGGAGGAGGCUUUAAAAAAGAUACUGGAGUUAGAAAGACAAUUAGAUGCUAAACAGAAAUUGGAGAUGGAAAUUGAAGAAUUACGAGGGAAACUAGAGGUGAUGAAGCAUCUGGGAAAAGAUGACGCUGUGGUUCAGGAGAAGAUUAAAGAGAUGAAUGAAGAAUUGAAAGAGAAAAUUGAGGAAAUGGGUGAUCUGGAAACUCUGAAUCAAACUCUUGUUGUCAAAGAGCGCCAAAGUAAUGAUGAGCUGCAAGAAGCUCGUAAAGAAUUGAUUGCGGGCUUGAGUGAAUUGCUGGCUGGUCGCACUAAUAUUGGGAUAAAGAGAAUGGGAGAAAUCGAUACCAAAGCCUUUCAAAAUGCAUGCAAGCUGCGGUACCCCCUUGAGGAAGCUCAGAUCAAGGCCACAGAAUUGUGCUCCCUAUGGCAAGAGAGACUGAAAAAUCCUGAUUGGCAUCCAUUUAAAAUUGUCACUUAUGGGGAAAGUUGUCAGGAAAUUCUGAAUGAGGAUGAUGAAAUGCUACAAAAACUCAAGGAGGAAUGGGGUGGUGAAAUAUACGAUGCAGUUGCCAUUGCUCUGAAAGAGAUGAAUGAAUACAAUCCAAGUGGUAGGUAUGUGGUUCCUGAGCUGUGGAACUUUAAGGACCAAAGGAAAGCCACAUUAAAGGAAGUAAUUGCAUAUAUCUUGAAGAAUUUGAAGUCACUUAAGCGCAAGAGAUAAUGAGGUAAAGUCUGCAUUUUUAUCUUUUUUUAUACUGAUUCUUUACUUGAAACAAACUUACACAUUUUAUUAUCUAUCUACAACAAGAGUGACUUGUUGCAAAGACGCACGAAUGCACUGAUAUGCACGCACACAUAUGUAGACUAACAAAUAUUUGCUUCUGCAUUCUGUUAUGGUUUUGUGAAUGACGGUAUUUAAUGAUGAGGUUUUAUGCUUGGUCAUGUACGGAGGUUGUAGAUGAAAGAGACGGUGGAGUGCACAAACUACAGCUGGAGUAAUCAUAUGGUUUAG